CGUCAUCAUGUCUCCGUGUCUGCUUUUAUCGCUGGGGAAUUAAAUUAUUCGAGAUUAUCACACCUAACUGGCAUCAUUUAAUGUUUUUUGCUCUUUAUUAAAAAUAAAUUCAGAGAUGGAGCUGCUGAGCCAGGUGUCCAAUGUGCAGUUUUUGUACCCUGCCGCAGCAGUUGCCGUUGUUUUAGUAUGUGCCGCGUUAGUAUUUAUUUUUGGUUUUCACUCGGCGGAACAACCACAAUUCGAUAAGUUGCCUCUUGUUUUAGACGAUAAAAAGUCAUCUAACAAGAAGCGGAAAAUCAAGGAGAAGAAGUCUUCACCCAACCGCACAGCCGAUGAGGUAAAGACAAAGACAGAGACCGCCAAAAAAUCUCCCGCCAAGGAGAAGAAGGAAGAAAAACCGGAAAAACAAAAGGAACCUGAAAAACCGAAACCUAAAGAAAGAGCAGCAGAGCCAAAACCAGUGAAGAAGGAAGCUAAUGAUGUGAAAAAAGGGAAAAAGAAGCUACUGACUGAAGUAGAGAAGCCAGCUGAUUUUGAUGAAGGUGUUUGGGAAGAAGUGCCAAAAAAGAGUGAUAAGAAGAAAGUGAAAGCCCCAGAAGAGAAGGACAAGAAGGACAGUCCAACUAAAAAGAAUAAGAAGAAGGCUAAGGACGCUGAUGUUGAAGCGGCAAGACCUGGCGAGGAGUCUGAGGAGCCUACAAAAGUAACUGUUACUGUGGAGACCCCUCUUGAUGAGGAAUCUAGCCGUGCACUGCAGGCUCAGGUUGAAGAGUUCCAGCGUGUGCUUAAGGAGGCAGAACUCCGCGAUCAGGCUGCACAUGGUAAUGUGGAGGAAGAUGAUGCUGGGGAUGAGGAGGUGCCAGAAGUGAAAGACCUGAGGAGCAACAAGAAGAAAGAGAACAAGGAAAAGCAGAUUAAGAAGAAGGCAGUUGAAUCUGCUGCGGUGAAGAGUGCUCCUAAAGGUGAUGAGAAAGAGGCCUCUGAUUCCUCUGAAAAACAAGACGACAACCAAAAUGUGCCUGUUUUUGAUGAGCUCGGUGAUACAUGGACGGACGCUAAGGUGUCUAAGAAGAGCAAGAAGAAGGCCCGCAAGGAGUGACUGUGAGUAGUGUAAAGCGCAGCGCAGCUAGCUCAAUGCCUCACACUGCAAAAAAACUACAACUUGCAUAAACACAUACAAUAAUAAUUAUAUUCUAAAUCUACAUGACAUGUAAAUACAUAUGUUUGUUCUCUUUUAUCAUUAUUGACAUUUCAAAUUUUAUGUCUUAGGACAUUUUGUAGUUUUGAUGUGGUGUGAAAUUGUUUACAUUAAGUUUUAAUUAUAAGAUUGAUAUUGUUUCUUACACAUUCAGUUAAUUUACGUCCAUGUUUUAGUUGCAUAUUUUACGUUAUCGACUUGUUUUUUUUUAUUUCAUUAUAAUUUAAUUAUUUGUUUAAUGCAUAAUAUGGUUUGUUUUAUGCUAAGAGUCAUUAUAUAGUAUUUAGGGGAGCGUGUUGGAAUCUGCAAUACCUUGAUGUCAUUCCGGCAGUUGUCGCGGGGUGUGGGCUCUGCACUGUCGUAGUGUAUACUGAUGUAUCUAUAAGAAAUGUUUCCAUACUGACAUUCAUGAAUUUCUGGUGCUUGUAGAAGUAAGUGUAUUUCCUCAUUUCAUUCCAGCUGUGAGCAUAACAUAGGCUUGUAGGGGACUUUUUGUUUGUCUUUAUGUUAAUAAUGAAAUGUUUUUAAAUUGUAUACAUUUUAACACGCGUAAUGGAAAUGUCCCGUUGGGCUGAUCGGCCUAGAUCAAGAGAUGCAAUGGGAAACAACUUCCUAUUUGGUCGAUCGAUCAGUGAGCUUUUCGGCUCAACAGGAAACACCCUGAUGGAAAUGUGCAAUGCAAUUUGUUGUUUUUUAAUGUUAACUCAUAAUUUAGAACUUUAGUAUCACGUUUUGUAUAUGUUGGGUUUUAUCUGUUAUCGCUUUUUUGUAUCGCAUCUAACACGAGUAAUUUCCGUCCGUACUAAUUUAUUAAGUAAACUCAAUGCUUUUUAAUAAUUUGUUAACAAAAUUUUCUCGUUAUAUUAUUAGAUUGACACAUAUCUGGUACUGGGGUGAUAUUAUUGUAUGAAUUUCUGUCGGAGCUGAAAUGUGAGACAUCGAUUUUUCUAUUGCAGAUUCCUAUUUUGUAUAUCUAGGUUUAAGUAUAAAAUACCGAAUGCUGGAAAUACAGAAGAGAUAUUUUAAAAGUUCUUAGCAACUCCAUAUAUAAAUUAUAAUUUAUUAUGUAAUUAUUAGGAUAAUGUUGAGAGCAUUGUUGACUCGCUGGACAAGUUGCUCGAGUAACGUGCUCAUAGACUUUUAAUAAUACGAAUUUCUAAUCUUAAUGGGGUUGUAGGCUGUGCAAUAAUCUUCUUUUUUCUGCGAUAUUUCCCAUAUUGCCUGACUAAUGUUUUACAUCGGUCUUGAAAAAUUAUACUCAUUAUGUUGAAAUAUGUGGCUCUAUUCAUCACUUUAGGUUAUUACAAAAAACCAGAGACCAAGUUGCUAUUAAUAAGACAUUUUUUCUAAGACAUCACAUUGAGACCUUUCAGUUACUUAUGGAUGCAGAUGUGAUUUAUUGAGCAAUAUUUACUAUCACAAUUUCUUAUUGAUUACAAUUUCUUCAAAUAAUUCUUAAGCCUUGUUAUCAUACAUUAUUUACAAACUGAAGAUGCACUUUUGUGAUAUCUUUUUGUGUUGUAUGUUCGUAGCUGUAGAGCUAGUAUGAGGACCUUUCUAUGACAUACUUGUAUAUUGUAGUUACUCCAUCUUCUAGUUCAGUAUGUUAGAACAAUAAAAAAUACAUAUUUAAUUAUUUUGAUGUUACUUAAAUGUUGGUACUUAGGGCCUAAGUGUAUUUUCUCAAUGGAAAAUGUAAUGUAGUUUGUCAGAUAAAAUAGAAACCAUAUAAAAGUACAUUAGAUGUAGUUAUUGUCAGCUUCAUCAUACAAAGUUAGGGCGCGGACACACUCGGCGCUCGGGUCUCUUGAUGUUUUAUACAUCACGGGAAUUUGAAUGUGUAAUAUAUUUUUUUAAAAAUCAAUAAAGAGUGAUAUUGAUUAUGUU